AAAGUACAAAAAUUGAGCCCUAAGCGCCUAAAUUUCUCCGAUCCCUCUUCCCCAUUUCAAGAACAUAAAAGAAGAAGAACCGUUCAUGAAACAAAAUUAAAAAUUUACGGUUUUUCGGCUGUUCUUUGCAAUGGUAGGGAUCAUGAAUCCAGUUUCGAGAGAAAAGCUCGAGAGUUUAUCCAGCUCAGUGAAGUUCGCUAUUGACUUAGGUUCCAAGCUAGAGCUUUGUCGUCAACUGAAGCAUGAUUUAUUGGAGGAAGACGCUGCUGAUUUGUCCGAGUUCCUUCCUCGUAUCUUCGACCUUUACUCUGACCCGUCCGGUCCGGUUCGCAAGUUUGCUACCGAGAUUAUUGGUGAAAUUGGAGUGAAGCACCUUGAAUUUGUACCUGAAAUUGCACCAUUUCUGAUAACUGUUUUGGAGGAUGCUACACCUGCUGUUGCUCGACAAUCUAUUGCUUGCAGCAUUGAUUUGUUUCGCCAUACUCUCGAACAGAUUGCAAUUCGGGGUCUUUACUCCAGUGAAUUGGACAGUGAUCUUGAAUCAUCGUGGUCAUGGAUGUUAAAGUUGAAGGAGAAGAUAUAUUCUAUAGCUUUCCAGCCAGGAAGUGGUGGGAUAAGAUUGGUGGCACUGAAGUUUGUUGAAGCAGUUAUUCUUCUUUAUACUCCUAACCCUAAUGGCUCUCUGGAGCCCCCUCCUAAUGAAGGUACCUCUAUAGAGUUUAACAUAACUUGGCUUCGUGGGGGCCAUCCUUUACUCAAUGUUGGGGAUUUGUCAAUUGAAGCUAGCCAACGUUUGGUUUUGUUGCUUGAUCAGCUUAGAUUUCCUACAGUAAAAUCUCUCACCACCUCUGUGAUUGUUGUGAUUAUUAACAGUCUUUCAGCAAUUGCAAAGAAAAGGCCUGCAUAUUAUGGACGUAUUCUACCAGUUUUGCUCAGUUUGGAUCCCCCAAGCUUUGUUAUCAAAGGGGUUCAUGUCUAUGGAGCACAUCAUGCUUUGAAAAAUGCCUUACUCUCAUGCUUGAAAUGCACGCACCCGAGUGCUGCACCGUGGCGGGAACGUAUACUUGGUGCCUUGAAAGAGAUGAAAGCUGGAGGACUGGCAGAUCUAGCUCUCAAUCAAGUUCAUAAAAUUAAUGGAAGUGUAGAAGAGGAAAAAGAUGAUUCUUUGCUUAUUAAGGAAGAAAAGCCCUUGACUAAAGCAUAUGAUGCUGCUGGUAGCAAUGUGGGUAGGAAAAGAUCUGGAACUGAGGGCAGUAGUGAUUUGGCUGAAAAAGAUGAGGUGUCUGGCAAACGUGUCAAGGCAACACCUAGCGUCUCAGAAGAGUCAACAAAAGAGUUAAACAGGAAUAUAACCGUGUCUCAAGGUGAUAUUUCAUCAACUCAAUCUAGCACAAGAAAAGUAGAUGUUGAUACCGGACCAGUACAGCAACUUGUUGGCAUGUUCGGUGCCUUGGUUGCUCAAGGAGAAAAAGCUGUGGGAUCUUUGGGGAUUCUUAUUUCAAACAUAUCUGCUGACUUGCUGGCUGAGGUAGUGAUGGCUAACAUGUGUAACCUUCCUCCUACACAUCCUCACACUGACACUGAUGAUGAAUUGCUGGAGGAUAUGUGCAUAGUUGGAAGUGACACUCAAGCCAAGUAUCCACCGUCAUUUUUAGCUGAUGUCAUUUCACUAUCAAGUACUUUCCCGCCGAUAGCCUCAAUGCUGAACUCCCAGCAAUCAGUUCCCAAUAAAAUAGUGAUACAGAAAACAGAAGGGGAGGAAGAGGUGGAUGUUGUGGCUGACCCUAAUAGUGCUCUUGCAUAUGCUGGAAUGGCUCAUGAAGAUGAAAAUGCUCUCUUGGCCACUGAUUUACCCGUUUCGUCUAACAUUGUUUUGCCUGGAAUGAAGAUUGAUCCACCUACUCCAUCUGAUAUCCAUGAUACAGGCAAUCUUGAAAGUGGCAUACCGGGUUUGGAUUCUUCUUUUCGUAAUGAUGGACUGUCAGAUACCCAAGCUGCUUCCUCAUUAGUCUCUACUGAUAUAGAAGACGCUAGUCAAGAACAAGCUACAAGUUUUGGUGGAAAGUCACCUUUGCAUGUACGUCCAUCAAUUUCAAUAGAUAGGUCUGAGGAGCUUAGUCCAAAAGCAGCUGUUACUGAUUCCAGCAGCAUGGUUUCCUCAACAGCGACUUCUGUUGUUUCAUCCUGUCCUUUUGUCUUGCCCAAGAUGUCAGCACCUGUUGUCAAUCUUUCCGAGGAUCAGAAGGAUGAUGUGCAAAAGUUGGCUUUUGUACGAAUCGUUGAGGCAUAUAAGCAAAUAGCAGUAGCUGGAGGCUCACAAGUUCGUUCUUCUCUGCUUGCUUACCUGGGGGUUGAGUUGCCAUCAGAGUUAGAACUACAGAAGGUUCUUCGAGAACACAUUUUGUCAGAUUAUAUAAAUCACGAGGGACAUGAGUUGACAUUGCGUGUCCUCUAUAGGUUGUUUGGAAAGGCAGAAGAUGAAAGUGAUUUCCUCUCAUGUACAACUGCUGCUUCUGCAUACGAAACAUUCCUUCUGGCUGUCGCUGAAACUCUUAGGGACUCUUUUCCGCCUUCAGACAAAUCUUUAAGUAAACUACUUGGCGAGGCUCCUCGCCUGCCUAAGUCAGUUUUGAAUUUAUUAGGGUGUCUGUGUUCACCUGGAAUUUCAGAGAAAGCUGAGGAGUCACAAAGUGGAGAUAGAGUUACUCAAGGCCUCAGCACUGUAUGGAGCCUAAUUCUAUUGAGACCUCCCAUUCGAGAUGUGUGCUUGAAAAUUGCUUUGCAGAGUGCUGUUCAUCACUUGGAGGAAGUCCGAAUGAAAGCGAUACGCCUGGUAGCAAAUAAGCUGUACCCUUUACAAUCUAUUGCUCAACAAAUAGAAGAAUUUGCAAGGGAAAUGCUGCUCUCUGUAGUAAAUGUUGAUGCUACAGAAAGAACAGGUGCUGAAGGAUUAAUCAGUGAAUCACAUAAGGAUUCUGAUUUGGAAAAGUCAUCAAAUGAGCAUCAGUCAAUGAGUUCCAUUAGUAAAGACAUCUCUGCUGAUGUUCAUCAGUCAGAAACAUCUCAUAGUGGGUCAUCCCCUUCUGUCCCUGAGGCUCAGCGGUGCAUGUCUCUGUAUUUUGCUCUUUGUACAAAGAAGCACUCUCUUUUUGGCCAAAUAUUUAUUAUCUACGGUAGUGCGUCGAAGGAAGUUAAGCAGGCAAUCCAUCGUCAUAUUCCAAUACUAGUCCGUACUAUGGGCUUGUCAUCUGACCUUCUUGAAAUUAUUUCAGAUCCUCCUAGUGGAAGUGAGAAUCUUCUGAUGCAGGUUUUGCAGACACUGACAGAAGGGACAGUUCCUUCUGCAGAAUUGAUAUUUACCAUUAAGAAGUUAUUUGAUUCAAAACUGAAGGAUGUUGAAAUUCUAGUUCCAGUAUUGCCAUUCCUACCAGGAGAUGAGGUUUUGCUGCUUUUCCCCCAUCUUGUAAAUCUUCCGCUGGAUAAGUUCCAAGCUGUGCUUACCCGUUUGCUACAGGGAUCUGCUCACUCUGGUCCAGUGCUCACUCCAGCUGAAGUACUAAUCGCUAUUCAUGGCAUUGUUCCUGAAAGAGAUGGAAUUCCCUUGAAGAAGGUCACUGAUGCAUGUAAUGCUUGUUUUGAGCAACGGCAUAUAUUCACUCAGCAGGUUCUUGCGAAGGUCUUAAAUCAGUUGGUUGAGCGGAUUCCUCUUCCUUUGUUGUUUAUGCGUACCGUAUUACAAGCCAUUGGUGCUUUUCCUGCACUGGUGGAAUUCAUAAUGGAGAUUCUUUCUCGUCUUGUAAGCAAGCAAAUAUGGCAAAACCCAAAGUUGUGGGUAGGAUUUUUGAAAUGUGCACUCUUGACAAAGCCUCAAUCUUUCAGUGUGCUGCUUCAGCUACCUCCUCCACAACUUGAAAAUGCACUGAACAGGACUGCAGCACUCAAAGCUCCUUUGGUUGCUCAUGCUAGCCAACAGAAUAUUCGGAAUUCACUUCCUAGAUCUAUGUUGGCAGUUUUGGGACUUGCUCCGGAUACUCAGUCCUCCAGUCAGGCACAGACAAGUCAGGCUCACACCGGAGAUACAAGCAACUCCGAGAAGGAUGCUGCAGUGACAGAGAAAUCGAAAGAAUCAUCCAGUGCUAUCUGAAUGUGAAACUCAAUUUUGUUAAAGCAUAUGCUUAUUAAAGGUUAGCUUGCUACAAUGGUGCCUACCAUGGAUAGUUGGGUUCACGAAUCUCCUAAAGCUAAACUUCCAUGACACAAUUCAGGCAAGGGGAUAGAAAUAUGGAAGGCAGUCACUAUUCUUUAUCAUGCCCUUGAUAUCUAACACAUGACAUAUAAUAUAAAUGCCAUUGAUAGAGAAAGACUGUCUGCCUUCGAUUUAAAUUAUUUGAUUUCUCGAGAAAUUUCAGGGAAUUCUAGUCAACAUGUACAAGAGGAUUGAUUGCAAUUUUGAUAAGUUGAAGUAUUGCACAUAGGGGUUUGUAACAUUGCAAGGAUCAACACAUCUCAAGGUAUACGCUUUUAGUCCUCUCAAAUCAAGAUUUUCCCCCCCUUAAAGUAUUUCUUUGCAUCAGUUGUAGAAUUCAGAAUCGGAACUCUUUUUAUCUCUUAAUUUAAAGUUAUAGUACAGAAACCAUGAUCCAUGACCUAUAUUAAGUUGGGGUUUACUUUCUGUGAUGAUGUGGGAAAUUAAAUAUGGGGAUAAUAUGCCUGGUAGAUUUUUAUUGGUCAAAAUAUGUCGCAAGUCCCUGUACUUUUUGAAAAUUUGGAAUUUAUUCCAUAUAUUUUUUAUUUUCAGGAA